CUGAAUACCGACGGCAUCCAGCUGAAUACUGACGGCACCCAGCUGAAUUCGGGCGGCGACCAGCUGAAUUCCGGCGGCGACCAGCUGAAUUCCGGCGGCGACCAGCUGAAUUCCGGCGGCGACCAGGCCGACAACACGAUUGCAAAUGCCAACAACGACGGAUACACCAGUACACCCAGCGCAGAAGUUGUCCCCGCCAAAUCCAGCAAAACGAACUCCGGCGAAAAUGCCGCGGAGAUUGUCGUUCCCUUUGGCGCAAAAGUCGGCCCAGUAGCUGACGUCAACGCCGCUGGCGGCCUCAAAGUGUCGGCCGGCAAUAACCAGGUGGAGAUUAAUCCAACCGGCAGUGCCGACGUCAGCUCUACUCUGCUUAAGACAGACGUUUCUGGGGAUGCAACGGGCUCGGCGAAAUUUAACCGUGAGGGAGUCACCGUGAACGUGGACGGAACCGCAAAAACGAACGUGUUUAACGGCGUCGGGACGGGCGAGGCAAAGGCGAAGGGCAGCGCCGGCGUGACGAAAACCGGGGUCAACGCGGACGCCGCGAUUGGAGCGAACGCCGAUGUGGCAGGCGUGGGAGCGAAUGUGAAUGUCGGCGCUGGCGGCGGGUUUAACAAGAAAGAAGUCAACGCGAAUGCCGGGUUUGGAGUUUACGGGAACGUGGGAAAUAUCGCGGGUGCCGGAACUAAUAUCGGAUCGACGGCGAAGGUUAGCCUCCCUGCAUUCCCCCCUCUCUUCCUUCCACCAACCCCCCUCUCCCCACUAUUUUCCCCCAAACCAUCGGUGUGUGUCCAUAAAAGCUCUCCCCUUCUCAUCCACCCCUCCCUGUCCCCCCUGUCCCCACUGUCCCCCCUGUUCCCCCUCUCCCCCCCCUCCUCUCUUCCACCCCCUUCUUUCCCCCUUCCUUCCCCUCUCCCCGCUCGCCUCUCUCAAACCAACAGCAUGCUCCGCAUCAAGAAAAAGGAGGUCGCUCAGACUUUUGAGUCGACUCAAAAGUCACCUCUGCUCCGCAUCAAGAAAAAGGAGGUCGCUCGCUCCCUACCCGCACCCUCACCCCUUUUCAACCCUCCGUGCACUUCCUCCCCUCCCCUCCCCUACUUCUCCACCAAACCAUCAGCAAGUUCCGCAUCAAGAAGAAGGAGCAAGUUCCGCAUCAAGAAGAAGGAGGUCGCCCACACCCUCCUCACAACACUCUUUCCUGGUACCCAUCCUCUCACUCCUCUCUUCCCCCUCUCCCCCCUCACCCUCCAAAACAUCAGCAACAAGUUCCGCAUCAAGAAGAAGGAGGUCGCCCGCACCCUGCGCUGCGUCAACUGUAGUCCAUCCCAACACAUUCCAACCUCUCCCCACCCCCUGCACUUCCCCCUCUCCCCCCUCACCCUCCAAACCAUCAGCAAGUUCCGCAUCAAGAAGAAGGAGGUCGCCCACACCCUCCUCACAACACUCUUUCCUGGUACCCAUCCUCUCACUCCUCUCUUCCCCCUCUCCCCCCUCACCCUCCAAACCAUCAGCAAGUUCCGCAUUAAGAAGAAGGAGGUCGCCCGCACCCUGCGCUGCGUCAACUGUAGUCCAUCCCAACACAUUCCAACCUCUCCCCACCCCCUGCACUUCCCCCUCUCCCCCCUCACCCUCCAAACCAUCAGCAAGUUCCGCAUCAAGAAGAAGGAGGUCGCCCACACCCUCCUCACAACACUCUUUCCUGGUACCCAUCCUCUCACUCCUCUCUUCCCCCUCUCCCCCCUCACCCUCCAAACCAUCAGCAAGUUCCGCAUCAAGAAGAAGGAGGUCGCCCGCACCCUGCGCUGCGUCAACUCAAGUUCCGCAUCAAGAAGAAGGAGGUCGCUCGCUCCCUGCGCUGCGUCAACUGCUCCUCCCCUCCCACCCCCUCCUCUCCCUCUCCCUCCCCUCCCUCCUCUCCCUCCCCUCCCUCCUCUUCCCCCUCCCCUCCCUCCACCUUUCCCUUGUUCUCCUGAUGCCCCUCCUGCCGCUCCCCCUCCGGCCCCUCCUGUCGCUUCCCCUUCCGAACCUACUGGUUUGGUUCGGCGCUUGCUUCGCCAGAGCAGCCGGAUCGGUGUGCCUUCAGACAUUGACACUAGCAAGGAGGCAAUGCAGGGGAAGUGCCAUACAAUGGAGAUGGUGCUGGCGCUGGUGAAGGUGAAACUGCCGGGGAUGGAGCAGGAGCCGGGCUUGGUGCAGAAACUGGGCUAG